AUGAGGAUCACGUCUUCUCUUGUUUCUGGCCUUGCACUCGCGGCUUGUGCAGUCGCAGUGCCAGUCACUACUCCUAGUCCGGAGGAGAGCAUUGGAGGCAUUGCGAUCGGAGAGAUCCUGAACCUGCUCGGAGUGGGCCUUGUCACGAACAUAUCGACGUUCAUUACGCUUGACACCCUCGUCGACAACCUAGUCUCUGUCGACUUCACGGUCAAAAACCCCCUCCCCUUUGAACUCACCAUCGACUCGAUCAGCACCGACGCCGGAGUGAACAACACCGUCUACGCGUCCUUCUCUCACACCUUCCCAUCGGACCAGAAGCUCGUCGUCCCGGCGCUCGGCACCGCAUCCUCCGGCGUCUUCGGGAACGUGAUCCUCGUGCAAGGCGCUAUCGCCAGUCUCGAUAUCAUACCGCUCGGGUACCUAGACAUCCUCAACGCGGAUGCGAAUCUCAGGCUCCUGACCAUCAACGGAGAGCUUGGAAUCCCGCUCGAGGUGGAUGGGCUCAAGCAGAGCGACGUGCCCGCGACAUACAGUCUCGAUCUUACUGGUUCUUGA